UAUUUGAUUGAGACCUUCACUAUGGAAGUAGUUUUAAUGUUUUGUCUUUUGGUUAUACCCUUGAUCUCUCAAAACGUAGACCAAGUGGGCGAGACUACUACGGAUCUGCUCUGUAGCAAUGGAACGGAAGACAGUUGUGAAGCCUUCAACAGUACAGAGAUUCCUACGACUUCGGCAGCCGAGGUGACCACUGCGACGACGUCCUCUAAGAAAUCAAAGACUCCUACUGCCAAGACCGUGAACAAGAAACCUUUACCUGUCUUCAACAACACAACACCCUCCCGCCCUCAGCCGGACUGCACUUGUGAUUUGACUCGUGGAGGCUGUGAAAUAAACUGCUGCUGUGACGUAGACUGCGGUCCAGAACACCGCGCUGUGUUCACCCACUGCAUCGCUUUACCACCGAUAGUGGACUCGGACUACUGUUUUCCAACACAACUGUUGUACCGCAACAACUCCAACCACCAAACGGUAGAGACGGAUCCUGGCGUACUCUGUGUGGUCCAGCAGAACACAUUCGCAUCCACUGAUUUUACAGAUAUUCCUGUGAUAACAACAAAAACUGCUUUUAACAAAAAGCUUGGACGACGCAGAUACUACUCAUGGCCCAACCCCUCCCUUCCCUCCACUGUGUUCGAUACGGAGACUCCAUUCAGGGAUGGGUCACCAGUAUGGAUAACUGACAAUGUCACGAUCUCUCGUUUGGGUGUGCCAGUUUCUAUUGGUCACAGCACCUUGUGCCACGGCACAGUGGAGGUGACGUACCUGACAGAUACAGAGACAAGUUGCACGAAACCGCUCACGACAAAGGCAGAAUGUCAUGCUUCCACAGAAGCACAGUUCUUUAUCAUUUCAUCCCCUCACAGCUACAACUUUACCCAACCCCAGGACUGCACAGAGGAUGUAUGCAUUCCAUUGCACAACUACAUUUGUUCAGACGCCUGCAUCGAGAGGACCUUGCCUAAACCAGUGUUCAACGAUACAACCAACAUUUGCCACAACCUAAUUGACACCUUGGAAUACAAAAUAUACCACAACGGAUCUCGAGGCAUAGUGGACGUAAAAGGUUAUUAUACGCUGCGAAAUCUUUCCGUCCACCGAGACCAGCUUGUCCGCAAGCGUUACAAAGUAACGUAUCUGUGGGCUGGUAGCAGUGACCAGCAAGUGUUCAGGCGUAGUGGCAGCCCUGGGUACGACCGGGGGAAGCCUGUGAUAUCAGGCAGGAGGUCUUUGAAAGCGGUGACUUAUAACUUCUCCACGUCUGAUUGGAUAAGUGUCGGCGUCGCAGGGGGUUCAGGCUACUGUCGAGACAGGUACAAUCUGCUCUUUGGAGAAAAUAUCCGUACACAAUGCUCGCUUACAGUUAAAGGAACUUGCAAGCAGAUACAACAACAGAUCUGGCAGCAAAUUUUGGGUCCGGUAGCGAAUCUGUCUGAAGCAGUUAUCUCAAGCUAUGGAGACCCAAAGGAGGGAGAGGUAGAGGCCUGGGUGCCGUUGCUGUCAGCUGAGCCACCCCCGGUUCCGGCACUCACCACAGCUGUGGACAUUAUUAUCGUCUACUCUCUCGUGGGACCUAUGGCCAGACCUCAAGCCAAGAUAAUUGCAGCCUACCUGGACUUGUUACCAUCAGCAAACACGUGUGAGUCUAACCACACCACAGUGGUAGUUGAGACGUCAGUGAGAUUUAUUGACAAGACUACUCCUGCUGUCACCAAGUUUGCACAGCCUCCUGUAUACGAGAUCAAACUACCACAGGAUUUCUUUUACCCCUUCCUAUCUGCUGGUAGUGGAAUCCAUCCCAGUAAAGAAAUUAUGUUGUUGGUUGUGAUAUUUUAUAAUGUUGUAGGGGAAUAUUUUUAGAAUACAAACAUGAAAAGGUUUAGAUUUAAACGUGGAAUAUCAAAUGGUAAUUGUAACUAAGUAGUAUAUGUUACUUGUUUUUAAUUAAUCAAAAUACUGUUCAUUUAAGAAACAUACUUGUAAAUAACUUUCUUAACCUUUCCCAUGCCACUAGUAAGCCAUUUUGAAGGCUUUUUGUGAAUGAACAAACUCUCCAAGAGACACAAUGUAAAAUCAGAAAUAAUCGUAUUUGGAGUUUUGUUUAGAUUCGAAUAUAUCCAUAUUAAGUGUGGGUAAUGUUAAUGUUAGUUAAUUUUGUUAUGACCUCAAAUCUAAUUAUGCUAUCUGGUUCACUAAAUUAAUUGCUGAUAACUUAUUUACUCAAAACCCUUAAGUUUUAAUCUCUAUUUUUUAGACUGCUGUGCUUAUCCAGAGAGUAAUGUUAAACAAAUUAAUACAAAGCCAAUUUCAUUUAUAAAUGAAGGAAUAUAAACGGUUUUCUAUUGUUUGUUCAGGUAAUAUAGCGAGUGACAAUCAUACCCUAACCAUCCACAAAGAAAUGUUCCAUCAGUAAUGAAUGCAAUUUUGACAGUGUUUUUGUGAUAUUGUAGUAUAUUAGUAUUCUUCAGUGAGUUUAGUUUACUGUUGGCUUAUAGUGUAUUAAUAAUGAUUUAUUGUAAAUGUUUUAUAGAUUUCAGUUUAAUAAAUAUUUUUCCAAUUUUCGUAUUGUA